GUCGCAACACUCUCUACUGGCUCCUGCCAUCCUUCAUCUCUGAGGCAACUUCUGAGAAUGUUCGCCUUUGGGGAGCAAACAGCAAACAAGCAACCCGGAUGAACAGAUUAAAAAUCCAUCUGCAAGUACGACGGGGCACUGCCCCUUUCAACAGAACCUUGCAAGGCUUCUUUUAUUGCAGGUCCCUCUGAGCAGUUUCUAGGAUUACCACGUUUUCCUAAAGCAUUUGUUCCAACAGCCAGACCCAAGGUGCCAAGCUAUAUCCCGGGAGCUUGUGCCUGGGGCGUGUACUGCCUGCUGCGGGCACCUGAGACCUCACCGCCAGGACCGCGGGGCGUGCAGCUGACUCCAGGGACAGGUUGGGCGUGGCUUCUGGGCAGGUGGCCGGGGCUUGGAGGGAGGAGUCACCACCAGGCUCGCGCCACAGUCCCUGGAAAGGACGGCUGCACCCCAAAAGCGAGGACAAGCAGAGACCCUGAAGGCCGAGGAGACACAGACUAAGCAAGACCUGCGGUGGGCCCAUCCUCCCCGCACCCGCAGCGGGGAUUCUGAGAAGCUUUUGUCCCUACCCGUGGCAGCAGCGAUGCCUGGCGGAGUUUGGGUGCUGGCGCUGGCGCUGAUGCUCCUGGACCUGGGGAAUGGUCGGCAAGCUCAGGAGUGCUCUCCCGGGGGACACCGGUUUCUACAGAGCCCUCACAGAAGUGUCCAUUUUGACUCAUCGCUCCUCCAGCAGUCAGCCCCUCAAGACCUGAUAUGUGACCAUUCCCUUGCUGCUGGAUGGUAUCGAUUUGUCAUCUUUGACAGAUCUGCUGAGAUGCCAACCAAAUGUGUCGAGAUGAACCACUGUGGAACACAGGCUCCUAUCUGGCUGUCUCUGCGAGACUCAGAAACAAUGCCUGCACCGGGGGAGCUCAAGCAGCUGACUGCUUGUGCCACGUGGCAGUUUUUGCUGAGCGCUACUGAAGACUGCUGCCUUUUCCAAAUCCCAGUGUCUGUAAGAAACUGUGGACAAUUUUUUGUGUACUUACUACGACCCACUCAGGGGUGUAUGGGAUAUUGUGCAGAAGCUAUUUCUGAUGCAAAAUUAAACCCAUGCGGCCCUGACGAAAUCGAAAUUGAAGGUGACUGUGUUCGUCAGCUGUCUGCCUCAUUGCCACCACCACCUCCAGGAAGACCCCAGAUUGUGGUGGAGCUGAUUGAGUCCAGGGUUUUCUGUAGGUGUGCUUUUGAUGUUUCCCCUACGAACAACUCCGUGGGAUUUAUUAUAGCUUGGUCUAGGCUUUCUUCUCAAGAUGUCAAAGAGGAACUGAAGCAAGAGACCACAGUUCAGGCAUUCUCUCUUUUAGAACUGGACGGCAUAAAUCUCAGACUUGGCGAUAGGAUAUUCUGUACGGCUUCUAUCUUUUUCUUGGAGAAACCACAAGUAAAAAGUUUAGCUACCGAAAGUCAAGAAUUUUUUGCAGGCAUUAAGUUACAACCUGAAUUGAGCACUAUAUCAGAAGAUGGAAAAGAAUACCAGUUGAGGAUAGAGAGCACAAUUCCUGUCGUUUGUCCUGAAUUCAGUGAGCUUGAUCAGGAAUGUAAAAUCUCACUAAAACUGAAAACUGUUGAUCAAGGUAAAGACCUAGGUUUAAAUUUGGUACUGUCUUCCUGUCACGUGGACCUUCACCAGAUGUCAUCCUGUGCUAAUGGAACCUGUAGCCAUGCUCUUGCUUACUACACUGCUGUGACUGAUUUUUCCCACGAUGGAAAUAGAGUUACAGACAUUAUAGUGGAACCUAUAGUUAACGAGGAUUUCCUGUGGAACAGCUACACUCCAGACAGCAUCCAGGUCAGAGUAAAGGAUGUCCCAACUGCUUACUGCUAUUCAUUUACUGACCCACAUAUAAUUACAUUUGAUGGCAGGAUAUAUGAUAAUUUCAAGACUGGAACGUUUGUGCUUUAUAAGAGUAUGUCACGUGAUUUUGAAGUCCAUGUACGUCAAUGGGACUGUGGAAGCCUUCACUAUACUGUGUCAUGUAACUGCGGGUUUGUUGCCAAAGAAGAAGGUGAUGUAGUUACUUUCGAUAUGUGUGGUGGUCAGCUACAUGAAUCGCAGCCAUAUUUAUUUCUAAAGAGCCAACAUGAAACCAGCAAUAUCAAGAUAAGUGAAUCUUAUUUAGGAAGAAAAGUCACAAUCUGGUUUUCUUCUGGAGCAUUUAUCCGUGCUGAUCUUAGUGAAUGGGGCAUGAGUCUAACAAUCAGAGCCCCUAGUGUAGAUUACAAAAACACUUUGGGACUUUGUGGCACCUUUGAUGAAAACCCUGAAAAUGAUUUCCAUGACAAAAAUGGGAUCAAAAUUGAUCAAACUUUUAAUAAUUGUUUUGCUUUUAUUAACGAAUGGAGGAUUUUGCCAGGAAAAAGCAUGUUCGACACAAUGCCAAUAUCUCUGCCAUCGCCUGGAAAACUAUCCUAUUGUAGCUGCUCCUUGGACACCACUUCACUCUACCCGUCUUCUAAUCAUCUGGUCCAUGUUUCUCAAGCAGACAUUGCUUCCGACUGCAAAGUCCUCACAGGUGUCAAAUUCUCUUCCUUGAUACCAGAAGUGGAUGUCACUUCUAAAUAUAUUAAUCCAGAAGCUCUUGUCAGAGAGAUCAACAAGCAUACCUCUCGAGAAGAAAAUAAUUCAAAUUUCUUUCCUCAAGACAAAAAGCACGUGAACCUACCCAAACUGGAUUUAAAUUUACAAAAAUAUCCUAAGAAUGAGAAACAAGAUGUUCCAAAAACUUUGGACAAUGGGAUACACACACGGGACCAGGAUAGACACAGUCAAGAAAAAUGGUGGCAUCGACAAAACAGAUGGAAACGGCAAAACAUUUAUGAGUUUCUUCCUUUGCUUGCUUUCCAAAGUCUCAGACAGAAGGAUGUAAAAGAGCUUAUUUAUUUUUUCCCUGAGGACCAUACUGAGGAUGUCCAGCAAGAGUUUGUCCCCACGUGGCCUACACCCUCUGGCCUCACGGAACACAGCACGUUGGAACUGUGUCAGCGGACUCUAGCCAACUCCAGCAUAGGAAGGCGCUGUCUCGCCUUUCUUGGCAAGAGACUAGACAGUGUUAUAGAUAUGUGCGUUAAGGAUGUUCUCCUAAAAGAUGAUCUCAGCUGGGCAGGAGCAGGUGUGGCCCUUUUAGAAAAUGAAUGUGAAAGGAGAAUUUUGGAAGAGGGUAAAUAUAACAUAGAAGAAUAUGGCAAAUCAAUUGAAGACAUUCUCUUAGUAUUAAAAUGCCCCAAUUUGUGCAGCGGCAAUGGGCAGUGUAUGCAAUGGGGAUGCAUGUGUUCCCCAGGCUUUGGUUCCUAUGACUGCAGUGACUCACGUGAUAUAAAUUCUCAGUCGCCAUCAACAGAGCAUUUACUAACUGGUGCAAGUUUUACCCACAGUCCGGUUACUACCAAAACCAGCAACAUCUCGUACUUCUCAUUAAAAUCAGUUACAACUCGAAUGAAUAAUUCAAAGGCAAUUUCUCAUCAGAUAUCAGGUUUUAAACAUGCGGCUCAUGCUCUGAGUACAAAUCUCAGUCUGGGGGAGCUAGAAGUUCCUAUGGACAAUCGUAGUUCUAUACGCAUUAACCCCAAUCGCUCCCAUGAUAAAGUAAAGGACAUUAGCCAGGGCACCGUCCAAACAGAGACAGAAGGAUAUAAUUAUCAAGUUAUCAUGUCUGCCCAAGGUUACACACAGCACACGGAUGGGUUUGCAGCAUCAGUUAGUAGAGCCAUCACUAUUUUGCCAGAAAAGCCUGAGUCAACCAAAAUACCAACUUGUGCAGAAUCGCCUUGCUUUCUGGGUGUUUCCUGUGUGCCAACCACCAAUGGUCACUUCCGAUGUGGACGCUGCCCCCUUGGAUAUUACGGAGAUGGUAUCAAUUGUAAAGCCAUUUGUAGACACCCAUGUGGAAAAGGAAGGGAGUGUGUUGCCCCAAACAUAUGCAAAUGUAAACCUGGUUACACUGGUUCUAACUGCCAAACUGCUAUAUGUCUUCCUGAUUGCAAAAACCAUGGAAAAUGUAUUAGACCUAACAUUUGUGAAUGUACCCUAGGACAUGGUGGAGCAACUUGUGAAGAAGAAUAUUGUAGCCCACCUUGUCAACAUGGUGGCACCUGCUUGGCUGGAAACCUCUGUACCUGUCCGUAUGGUUUUGUGGGACCAAGGUGCAAAACAAUGGUUUGUAACAAGCACUGUGAAAAUGGAGGUGAAUGCCUUACACCAGAUGUUUGCCAGUGCAAGCCUGGCUGGUAUGGCCCCACCUGCAGUACAGCUUUGUGUGACCCUGUUUGCCUCAAUGGUGGUUCCUGUAAUAAGCCGAACACUUGCCGCUGUCCAAAUGGAUUCUUUGGCGCACAGUGUCAGAAUGCUAUCUGUCACCCUCCCUGUAAGAAUGGUGGCCAUUGCGUGAGAAAUAAUGUGUGCACCUGUCGUGAAGGAUACACUGGUAGGAGAUGCCAAAAAAGUAUCUGUGAUCCCAUAUGCAUGAAUGGAGGAAAAUGUGUGGGACCAAACAUUUGCUCUUGUCCUUCUGGUUGGAGAGGUAAACACUGCAACACACCUAUCUGCGUUCAGAAAUGUAAAAAUGGUGGUGAAUGUAUUGCUCCCAGUAUAUGCCAUUGUCCUGCCACCUGGGAAGGAAUGCAGUGUCAAAUACGUAAGCCUACAGCAUUCAUUUUCUACGAUAGAUUCUGAAUCUCAAUCUGUUAUAUUGAUUAGCCAGAGAGCAGGAAAGAACCAAACAGCCAUCUUGGGUUUCCCAUAGCCCCUACUAUUUGUUUAAUUUACAACCAUUGUUUAUCCAUACAAUAUACCCUAGAAGUUUUCAUCACUAAUUUUAUGAUGCUUCCCAUGCAAUUUCAAAUAUUUUGAGGUAUUCCAGGGGUCCUUCUGAAAUACUACCAAGUUAUUCCUACAUAUAUUGAGAUUUUAAACCCUUAAACUCAAUUUCUAGCACGUCUCUGAGACCUGAGAAUUGAGAGCUUCUUCUCUCGGGGGACUGCACCCGGGGGGCCCAGCGGCCAUCACCAUGCCACAAAAUGAGUAUAUCGAAUUACCCUGGAAGCUCUAUGGAUAUCGUUUGGAUUACCGUGAGAAAAAGAGAAAGAAGGCAGGCCGAGAGGUUCAUGAACAUUCAAAGAAGGCAAAAAAAGAUGAUUGGUCUGAAGGCUAAGCUCUACCAUAAACAGCACCAUGCUGAGAAAACACAAAUGAAAAAAACUACCAAGAUGCAUGAAAAACGAAACACCAAA